AAAAUAUCAUCAACAUGCAGUUCACCGCCCUCGUUGCCCUCUUCGCGGCCGCCGCUAGCGCAGCUCCUGGCACAAUCUCUUCACGCCAGACUGCAGAUGGAAGCGUGCGCGCACGCUUCUACGACGAAACCAGCUGUGGUGGAAAUGGAGUAGGCGUAGCCAAAGCUGAAUUGAUCCUUACGCCAAGUGCUACUGAGGGGAAGGCAGGAUGUGUAGAUUUGACGAUCGGGCCAUACCGUGCAACCUUCUUCGAUCAGAGCACCCUGAAAAAGACAAUUCGCGUCUUCAAUGUAGCCUGCUCUGAAGUUGGGGAGAACCUGGACCAGGGAAAUUGGAUUGACAUUGGGCCUGGAAACACAAACUUAGGGUGUAAGACCUUGACUGUUCGUUCUUACCUUACCAAGCCGUAG